AUGCCGGGAUGGUUUGGAUUGGGUCGAUAUUGGGUAGAAUGCAGAGGAGCAGCGGCUAGGGGUGUAGCGGCGGAGGAUUUAAGGAUGGCGGCGGAGGAUUUGGGGAAGGGAUUUUCUGAAAUGCGAAGGACUGAGUGUAGGGCUAGGGCUAAAAAAACGAAAAGCCACACCCUCUGUUCGAGAAAACGACAACACCUGAUGCAUAAAUCGUCGACGAUGAUCGAAGGGUCGGUCCUCCUUAUGGAGGUGCCAGUCGUCAUGACCAACUGGAACUGUGAGCGCAAAGAUGAAGUGAAGAAAGUUCUGAAUAGAAGGGAUAAGAAUAAUUUCUUAUUGCAAAUUUAG